GGAGAAAGAAAAAAAGCAUUCGAUUUAAAAGUUGGCAAACUAAACGCCGCUAAUUUGGCCAAACAAAAUCGCAAACAUAAACAAAUAGUGCGAAGUGCAGUCUUUUUGGCAAUGAAACAAGGCACUCUGGUUGUUUUUUUCGCACAUAUAUAAAUUAAAUUUAGAAAGUGCGUGUGCGAAGGUUAAGCGUCGAGUGCAAGUGCAUUAAACAUUUGGAAAGAAUAGAUUUACAUACAUAUAUCGAAUCAAGCAGGAAAAUACCGGAUAAUAAUUGGCAAAGAUGCAGAUCAAAGAAUUCCGUGUGACUUUGCCAUUGACUGUGGAAGAGUAUCAAGUUGCACAAUUAUUCUCGGUGGCCGAGGCGUCAAAGGAGAACACGGGAGGCGGCGAGGGAAUCGAGGUGUUAAAGAACGAACCCUUCGAAGACUUCCCCCUGCUGGGUGGCAAAUACAAUUCCGGUCAAUAUACAUAUAAGAUCUAUCAUCUGCAAUCAAAAGUUCCAGCCUACAUAAGACUAUUGGCACCCAAGGGCUCAUUAGAGAUCCAUGAAGAGGCAUGGAAUGCCUAUCCCUAUUGUCGAACGAUUAUAACGAAUCCCAAAUUUAUGAAAGAUGCUUUCAAAAUAAUCAUCGACACUCUGCACGUCGGCGAUGCGGGCGAUUCAGAAAAUGUUCACGAGCUGACGCCGGACAAGCUGAAAGUGCGAGAGGUGGUGCACAUCGACAUUGCCAAUGAUCCGGUCCUGCCUGCGGACUACAAACCCGAUGAGGAUCCAACCACCUACCAGUCAAAGAAGACGGGACGCGGUCCCCUGGUGGGACCCGAUUGGAAAAAGAACGUGAAUCCUGUGAUGACCUGCUACAAGCUAGUCACGUGCGAGUUCAAAUGGUUCGGCCUGCAAACAAGAGUAGAGAAUUUCAUACAGAAAUCGGAGCGCCGCCUCUUUACAAACUUCCAUCGCCAAGUUUUCUGUUCAACCGAUCGCUGGUACGGUCUAACAAUGGAGGACAUCCGCGCCAUCGAGGACCAGACGAAGGAGGAGCUGGACAAGGCGCGGCAGGUGGGCGAGGUGCGGGGUAUGCGCGCAGAUGCCGAUUAAGUCUAGUAGAAAAUUGUAAACAAAAUAUGUGUAUGUAAAAAAAAAAGAAAAAUAACAUCCAGGCAAAAACAAGAUCUAAAAGGCAAAGCAAAGCAAAACAAAACAGAUUAAUGAAAUUGAGAUAAAAUUGCAUAAAUAAAUUUACUAUAAAAAGAAAAACUAACACCAAGCAAACAAAAUGAAACGAAAUUAAAGCAAUGUGAGAAGAGCCACAGCAGCAACGUCAAGUGAAACAAAGAGGCAAACUAAGCAACAAAGAAACACCAAGUGUGUGUGGCAACCGCAGCAGCAGUUUAGUUCUAGUGUAGCACACACCACACACACACACACACACGACAGCAACAACAAAUUAAAGAACGAAGAGAAAGGGAAACGGUUGCAACCGCAGUAAGUUAGUUAAGUUCCUUCCACUGCACUGUAUGUAAAAUGUAAAACCAGAAGCUAACCAAGCAAACACACAGGACAUCUGUUGACGGCACUCCUACUCCAUGCAUGGCCAGCAUCACGUCAAAUUCAAUUGUUUAAGUUGCAUUUUGUAAAUUGUGAAAUAAAACCAAAUGACAGUUAAUGUAAAAAGUUAAA